AUGGUUAAAGUUACUGUUGCAGGAGCUGCUGGGGGUAUUGGUCAACCAUUAUCCUUGCUUUUGAAAUUAAAUCCAAAUGUCACAGAGUUGGCAUUAUUUGAUAUUGUCAAUGCCAAAGGUGUAGCUGCUGAUUUGUCACAUAUCAACACUCCAGCCGUAGUUACAGGACAUCAACCUAAAGAUAAGGAAGAUAAAACUGCCAUUACUGAAGCAUUGACUGGAACUGAUUUGGUUAUCAUUCCAGCUGGGGUUCCAAGAAAACCAGGUAUGACUAGAGCAGAUUUGUUCAACAUCAACGCUUCAAUCAUUAGAGAUUUGGUGGCAAAUAUCGGUAGAGUUGCUCCAAAUGCUGCUAUCUUGAUUAUUUCAAACCCAGUUAAUGCUACUGUCCCAAUUGCUGCCGAGGUCUUGAAAAAAUUAGGUGUUUUCAACCCACUUAAGUUGUUUGGUGUCACUACUUUGGAUAGCGUCAGAGCCGAAACAUUCUUGGGUGAAUUGACCAACACUGACCCAACUAAAUUGAAGGGUAAAAUUUCUGUUAUUGGUGGUCACUCAGGUGAUACUAUUGUUCCAUUGGUUGGAUACGAUCCAAGUGUCAGACUAUUGAGUGACAAGGACUACACUAGCUUUGUCCACAGAGUUCAAUUUGGUGGUGAUGAAGUUGUUCAAGCUAAAAAUGGUGCUGGAUCUGCCACUUUAUCCAUGGCUUAUGCUGGUUAUAGAUUUGCCGAAUAUGUGAUCAGUUCAGUAACUGGCGGUCCUUCUCCAAGUGGAAAAAUCCCAGACUCUUCUUACAUCUACUUGCCAGGUGUACCAGGAGGUAAAGAAUUUUCUGAAAAAUACUUGGGUGGUGUUGAAUUCUUUUCUGUUCCAGUUGUUUUAUCUCAGGGAGAAAUUAGAUCUUUUAUCAAUCCAUUCGAAGAAUUGACUGUCACUCCAGCUGAAAAGAAAUUGGUUGAAGUUGCUUUGAAGGGAUUGCAAAGUUCAAUCAAACAAGGUACUGAAUUUGUACAUGCAUCUAAGUUGUAG